AUGACAAGGUUAACUCCGUCAAGACGUUAUAUAAACACCCGCAUUUGUCCAAGUUACGAGGUUACGAGGCCGGCCGGUUAUUUUGCCCUGCAAACCCAUCAAUACUGGCAGUCCUGCCUGCAGAUGCGCUUGUUUAAUUGGGAAAUCGUCUGCCCACAGUUGGUAAAUGACUGGACAAAAUGUCACAACCGGACCGGCCGACCUCGCAUUGCCAUGCAGCCGCGUCCUGGAAAGUGCAUUCUCCUCAAACAUCGGGUCUGCUGGCACGCAAUAGAGACCCGCUCUGUGGGGACCGGCCUCCUCACGUCAUCUGCCGCCAAUUGGCAUGAAACACUUGGCAACGAGGGUAAGCAUCUCCUCGAGCCAGGCAAGAGAGCAGAAGACGAGGGUUCUGUGAAGUCUUGGGGUCUUUGCUAUAGACUCUCUCGGCCCUUCUGCAAAUUGCUUGGCCAAUGA